AUGAUCGACAUCGACGAGACGAUCCAAGCCCUCGCAGACGGGCAGUUUACCCACCUUGUCAUCCAAAUAUGUCGACCCUUGAUUUCAGGAACAGUCAUGACCGAAGAAUCAAGAGCGGCCGAAGACAGAUUCGUUGAAAGUGAUACUUCCGCGGCGCCACUCCCCGGUUCCGGUAUGCUGCCAGUCGCACCAGACAGGCCUCCACGGUGGUAUAAUUGUCAGAUAUAUGACGUGCUGGAUUCAUGUCUGGUCAACUGCAUGCAGUACACAGCUAAGACCGGUCAGCAAGUCACAAGCCAUUUCAAACCGUUCCUCACCGGCAUCGGCUCUUGCUCGGAGCUGGUCCGAUUUCUUUCUCCCUUCGUUGAUCCCGACACCGCAACUCGCCUCGUUGACUCCAUUAUCGGACUAUCUGCCCUCAACGGCACUGUCUGGCCCAAGUCACCGAUUAAUACUUCAUUGGCGGCAACCAUGGACGAAGCAUACAAGCAGCACCACAGUCGCAGAAAGAACCGCUCUAGCACCAGCCUCAAUCAUCUAACCCUCGCCCCGCUUACUCCCAAGCUACCCUUCAGCGACGACGCCGAGUUCUCUUACGUGCCCCCCGUCCGCAGCACCUCGUACAUCCAGGGCAAGUCCGCCCCGACAACCCCCAGCAUCCUCGCCCGUCCACCGACCUUCCCCUCGACCUCCCGCUCCCGCUCACGUUCAUCGCGGCGCGCUUCCAUAACGGACGCCCAGCUCCCCAAGAGCAAGUCGGCCUGCCACCUUGCCGUUGCCGACCACCACCAUGACGCGUCCUCCAGCUCUACCCGACGGAAAGCCGUUUCCGGCGCCACGACCCCGACCCGCCGUGCUCGCAACGACGGCAACGGUAUCCCGCGCGACGACGACGACUGGCUCCUCCGCGCCGGUAUCGUGCUGAGCGCCGAGGCAAGGGAAUACAAGGGCCAGAUGUGGCUCACCUCGCGCGAGAGCUCGACGAGUCUCGUCGCCCUGCGCGAUGACGAGGCCGACGAGGCGGUUCUGGAGAGGGAGCUCGCGCGGGACCGCGACCUGAUGACCCGGAGGAGCAGCGUGGUGGAUCUCGUCGAAGGGGUGGUGGAUGGCGGUCGCUCGACGCGUGGGAGCCGGCAUGGGAGCCGGCCCGCCAGCCGGGUCGCCUCCCGCGGUCGGGGGAUGGUGUCUCUCGAGGGCCAAAGUCUGGACGAGGCUUACUUCGACCGUGAUCAGGCACUCGGAGACGAAUAUGACCAGGGCCCUGAUUUCGUCAAUCCCGAGGACCGGUUGGAGGCCAUGGGACAGGACCCCGACAAGGACGACGAGGCGACCGUGCGAAAGCUCGUCAAGGCGGAGGGCGCCGGCCGCAGCUUGUGGUUCGGGUUGUCCUUGUUCUCGGUGGAAGAAAACCCGGAAGAUUCCGACACGAGUGACGAUGACGACGCUGAAGGGGAGGUGGAUGAACGACGCGACGCCUGGACGAGCACCUCAUCUCGGCACUUUGAGGGCGUGACAAAUUCUCCCAAAGAACUGAUCCCGCCCCCCGAUCCCAACCAGGGAGGAUGGCACGAUGCCGCCUGGCUGUUGAGCGUGGCUUGCAAAUCCCGUCUUUCGACAGCUACAACGCCCAUCGACGCCUUUCCCAUAGACAUUCUGGCCGGCCUCUACCUCCGAGCAAGGGACUUGCGAGCCCGGGAUCCGGACUCGGGCCGGGCCGACAAACCCAAGUUCAUCACCAGGUGUUGGGGAACGAGGGUCAGCGUGCCCGUCAUCACUCCGUACGGCCAAAACUCAGGUCAUACAAGCAAGGAAUGUGGGCUUGGAGCAAACCGCCAACGGGGCAUUUCCUUUUGGAUGCUUCUAGACCACAGAUCAACACUGCAUGACAUUUUGAGUUCGCUCCAACCUAAGGAGAAGGGGCCACUCAAUGUGUAUGGAUGGAAUCCGGGUUUGCGGCUGCACGUGGGAUCAGCAUUAUGUCGACAGAAAUAUUCUGUCCUGGCUCUGGUCAGGCCAAAAUCCUCUGUUCGAGCUCUGACCUAUCUCCACCGCCCCCCUCCCUUCCCUCCUCUCCCCGUCAAGAUGUGA